AUGGCGCCCUCCGAGAAGCAGCCCUUCUACGACCCUGUACCGCCCACAUAUGAGCAGUCUCUCGCAGUACGUGGAAGGCAGUAUGACGAUGCAGACGCGCAGGACAACGAACAUGAGUCGCAAGGCUUGCUGCGCUCCGGCGCGCCAAGCUCCUCGCGGAGACCGGACGGAUACCGCGCCCCGACAGUGGAAUCAGAAGACGAAAGCGACGAUAUUGACGGCAUGCUCGAGAGCGACACCGACGAUGAAGACGAGGCUGCACAGGUGCGACGCGAGAUGCAAGAGAUGGACAUUGAAGAGCCAUCCUCCUCGCGAGGUUCAACAUGGGGCAAGCGAAUAGGCCUCUCGCUACCCAAAUGGAAAUGGAGCUGGAGGCCGCGGUUGCCAAGUCUACCGCGCAUACGCAUACAACUACCUCAGCGGCCUGGCACUGACGACGAUAAUGGUUCGGGGGAGGCGGAAGCGCAGGAGGAGAAUGUGACCACGAGGCCAGGGUGGCAAUGGAAGAUGCCCGAGGUCAACGGCAUGAUGGCAAUCAUAAUUUUUGCCCGGCUAUUGGCUGCUUUCAUCGUCCUCGGCUUUGUGUACCUGCUCUUCGCCAGCGACAUAUUUGGUUCGUUGAACGGACCCAUGGGCGGUGGAUUCCGGUUCAACCCUGAGGACUUGAAGGUACAUGUCCUCAACAGCGUGGAUCCGAUGCGACUACGCGCCUCUGUGAAGCACUACGCAAGCUACGCGCACAUUGCCGGCUCCGAGGGCGACUUCGCGACAGCGAUGGAUAUGGAGAGCAUGUUUAGCAGGGCCGCGCUGGACGAGGUCAGGCUGGACGAAUACGUGGCGUAUUUAAAUUACCCCAAAGAAAAUGGGCGAGCGGUACAGAUCAUGGAAGGGGACAAGACUGUCUGGACUGCACAGCUGGACGAAACAGAGCGUCAGAAGGAGACAGCUGGACGUCAGACAUACGUCUUUCAUGGACUUUCCAAGGCGGGAGACGUCAGGGGCCCGUUGAUUUACGCCAACCGCGGAACGAGGGAGGAUUUCAAGACGCUGACUGACAAGGGUGUCAAAGUCGAGGGUGCCAUUGCGUUGGUCCGAUACGACACAGCACAGCAUGCUGGACUCAAGGUCAAGGCUGCCGAGUUGGCUGGUUUCGCUGGCUGCAUCAUAUACAGCGACCCAGCAGACUUCGAAGGCGACGACGCGCCCAACGGGCGAUCUAUACCGAAAGACGGCGUUCAGCGUGCAUCCGUCGCCUUACAGGGCUGGGCCGUUGGCGAUGCCCUGACACCAUCCUGGGGCAGUAGAAAGGGUCUUCCAAGGAUGAAAGUCAAGGAUGCUCCCGGUCUGGUCAACAUUCCCAGUUUGCCACUGUCCUGGGGUGAUGCGCAGGUCCUCCUCCAGAAAUUGAAGGGCCACGGCGACAAGGUUCCCGAGUCGUGGGAAGGGAAGGUGCCCGAGGUGGAUGAAUACUGGACAGGCGACGACAAGUCGCCCGUUGUCCGCCUCAAGAACGAACAGGACGAAGAAGAGAAGAAGACGAUCUGGAACGUGAAGGGCAAGAUCAUUGGGAUUGAGCAAGCAGCCAAGUCCAUCAUCAUUGGUAACCAGCGCGACUCGGUGGCCUUUGGUGCGGCAGACCCUCACUCGGGUACUGCAAUCAUGGUUGAGAUGGCCAGAAUCUUCGGUGAUCUGAUUCUGCGCGGAUGGCGACCCCUGAGAUCCAUUGAGUUCAUGUCCUGGGAUGGCGGAGAUUACAAUCUCAUUGGCUCCACGGAGUUUGUCGAGGCGAAUCUGGAGUCGAUACGUGAGGAUGCCUACGCCUACAUCAACCUCGACAACGUUGUCGCUGGCCGCGAUCUGCAAGCCAUUGGCUCGCCCGUCUUCGAAAAGACGCUGCUCCAUGCGCUAGCCAGACUCGAGGACCCUAACAUGAAUGUCACCCUGAAGAAUCUUUGGGACGAAACGGCGUCCCAACAUAUCGAGGCGCCUGGUCUCGGUGGCGGCUUUGUUCCCUUUCAGCAUAUUGCGGGCACUUCGUCAUUGGAUCUCCAGUUCCGUGGCGAUACCUUUCCUAGGUUCUCCAGCUACGACGACUUUGACUUGGUCGAGAAGACCAUCGAUCCUGGAUUCGUCUACCAUGGACUCAUGGGUCAGAUUGUUGGGCUUCUCAUUCUCGACCUUGCUGACAAGUCCGUCAUGCCGUUUGACAUGAUCGCCUACGGCAACACGCUUUCUAGCGGACUCGAGGAACUGCAGGCCUUCGCUGAGAAACAUGGCGCCGACACUCGAGUGUCAUUCGAAGAUCUCUCCAAGGCUAUCAAGGCGGUGCAAGUAUCCACCACGGCGUUCGCCAGCUGGGAGAACACGUGGGACCACGAGGUGAUGCACAGCGCUGGCUGGGAGAGCACCGAGAUGGGCCAGCAGAGGGUGCGAUACAACAACAAGAUGGGCACCUUCGAUACCAUGCUACUAGACUUGGAUAAGAUGGGAGGCAUUCCCAACCGCACACAAUAUAAACAUGUCAUUUUCGGCCCGCAGCUCUGGUCUCCUGACGAAGAGGUGCACUUUCCCGCAAUCCGAGACCUGAUUGAGGCCAAAGACUGGGAGGGCGCCAAGACUUUCAUUCAGAAGACAGCAAAGAUUCUCCGGCAAGCUGCCAAGUCGCUAUAUAUGGGCGACGAGAAGGAGGAGGGAGAUCGAUAA